AUGGAGGCUGGAACCUGUAAGGUGGGUGGGUUAGUGGGAGAGAGGGAUGGGGUGCAGCACACCUCUCACUGCAGCGCCCUUCCACUCUGCCUGCUGCCUCCCAACGGAAGUGCUCUGUGUGCUACUCCUUGUGCUGCCCCUUCUCUCUGUCCCAUCCUCAUUGAAACGGUUCUCAUCCAAGGCGUUCCUUCCCUUCUCCUGGAGGCUGGCCACGCAUGUGCGUUUCUUCCCUUUCCCUUUGCAUGGGCAACACGCUUAGCAAAGCGCCAGGUCCGUCCCCGCUACGACUGGCAUUGCGGUCAGUCCGCCGCGCGCAUUGCGCCUGUCCGUCGUCGUCGCCUUGCAAACGCCCGCCGCGAGCUCGACUGGCGCGCAGCGGGGAGACGCGGAGCGUCGGUGGGCGGCACGCGGAGAGGCUGGGCGAAGCGACGCCAUGCGCGCGUGGAACGAGCGUCAGGUGUGGGAAACGGUGCUGCGCGGUUAUCGAAUUCUCUUCAUGGUUAUAUCGUGGGGUGGGAUCGGCUGAUGAGUGGUGUGGGAUUCCACGCGCAGCAGGACAGCACAGCGGCCAUUUUUGGCCCGCCUGACGGGAUGAGCUUGCGUGAAGGAGACGGUGAGGAGGGGGAUGACACGUGGUGGGACGCGCAGUGCCUCUUCCACCCCGUGGUGCUGCCGCCCGCACACGCAGCAGUAGCAGCUAGUGCAACAACAGAACCAAACGGUGAUGAUUCAGCAGCAACGUCAGCAGCAGCACCAGCAGCAGCAGCAGCAGCAGCAGCAGCAGCAGCGCCACCACAGGGACUCGACGAGCUAGCAGCAGGUGGAUUGGAGAGGUACUGGCGCAUGUACUAUUAUGGCCGCUCCAGUAACACAUGGGGGGAACCCACUCCCUCCCCUCCCUCCUCCUCCGCCUCCACACCCCUCCCGGCUCUCCCCGCGCUCUUCACCACUGGCAGCAUAGGCCUGGCAAUCAGCAGCGACGGCAUGACAUGGACGAGAGUGCGAGGACCAGAGGCAGGGGGGGCGAUUCUCACCCCGCGCUUACACGAACCUGUAGCAUUUGAUUCCUUGCAUGUGGGGUGCGGCGAUGUGGUGUGGGUAGAGCCUGGGGAUACAGGCGAGGAGGGCUGGCAAGGGGGAGAGGGCAACGAGAGGGGAGGAGGGGUAGAAGGAGGGGUGGAGGAAUGGGUGGAGGGAGCGCGGGGGAAGGGCGAGUGGUGGAUGUUCUACUUUGGAGGGGGCAGGGAGGCACGUGAGGUGCGACCAGGAGUGAGCGUGCAUGGUGCCACCAUGCGCAUUGGCAUUGCCACGUCCCGGGAUGGGAUUCACUUCCACCGCUUUGCAACUGCAGGUGCUGCCGGUGCUGCUGGUGCUGAUGGCAUGAGUGACACUGCUGGUGCGCUGUCAGCAGCACGGGAGGGGGUGGUGGUGGAUGUAGGCGCAGCAGGGCAGCCGGAUGAUCUGUUCGUAGCCUGGCCGCGUGUGCUCACUCCCUCCAUGCUCGCCCAUACCAACCCUUCUGCUGUCUCCGACCCUGCUCAAGCAAGUCUACCACAGAACCUCUGGCUCAUGACCUACAGCGCCAUGUCCUCAGCCUCUCCCUCCUGCGUCCUCCUCGCCUCCUCUCCCAACGGCCUCUCCUGGACCCGCCACGGCCCCAUUCUCUCCCCAGGCGCGCCUGGUGCUUGGGAUGCAGCAGGGGUGGGGCGGCGGCAUGUGACUGUCCAUGGGGGUGUGCUGGCCAUGUGGUAUGAGGGCGUGGGGGGGGAUGGCAGGCAUGGCAUUGGGCUUGCGAUCUCGCGGGAUGGGUUCACGUGGGGGAAGGUUGAGAUGGAAGGGUACGAACCAGGAGGACCGGUGUUUGGACCGUGGGAGGGGAGGAAAGCUGGGGAAGAGGAGAGUGGAGGGGGUACAAGAGGGAAGGGGGAACCGAGUGCAGUUAGGGUUAGGGAAAGGGAGAGGGAUAAGGGUGGGGAUGGGGAUGGGGUACAUACAUGGGAGGACUUAGUGGUGGCAGCACCGCAUGUGGUGUGCAUGGGGGAUGGCUCCAUGCGGCUGUACUAUGCUGCACGCGGCACAGGCAGCAAGAGCCCCUCUGACUUCAAGAUAGGAGUGGCGUUUGGCAGGAGCAGCGAGCUGGGGGCGUGGCGCAGGGCUGGGUGA